AUGCCGCGUAGGAAAGCCGCCGACCGAACCGCUCCGGUGAAAACUAGGAGUCGCAACGGCUGUCAAGAAUGCCGUGCCAGUCGCGUCCGAUGCGACACCAAGAAGCCCAUCUGCACCAGGUGUUGGGAGAAAGGACUACCUUGUUCCACCAACCUCAUUCUCAAAUGGGAGUCUGAGUUUGUUAGUCGAGGAAUGGCCUUUGGACGGGCGGGCGUCUGGAGUAAAUCUCGACCCGAGCCUACCACAUCCAUGGGCCCUCAAGCUUCUUCUCCCGCGUCAUCAUCUGAUGACACAAGCCAAAUGGCACAGCCCCUACCACCAAUUUAUCCUUGGGGCUUUAUAAACAGCGGAGUUGCCACUUUCGAGAACCCAGAAUUUGUAGACGUGAUGCUGAAUGAACAGCGGGCUAUCAUCCCUUUCUCUUCUCAGAGACUAGCCAGCCAACCGUCAAUUCGUAUACACUCUGUUGGGGACUUAAACCGGCUCUUCACGACCCUCAAUUCGAAGCCUGAGCCUAGUCUUGCACUCUUCCCAGCUAUCUCUGAAAUUGGACACGGAGAGCUAUUUGACUACUACCUUGAACAAGUCUGCCCCCGCACGACCGCGAGUUCCACGAUUACCUCGCCAUUCGCCUCUGUGAUCCUUCCAUUCGCUUUAUCUGCCUCGCCGAUUCUGUUCAGGGCUAUUCAAGCCCUUGGAGCUUGCCACUGGUCCCGGUUGAACCCAUCUUAUAGUUCUCUUGGACUUCGUCUCAAGACCGAGACCUUGAGAGGUCUCCGGCGCCGCCUAGCCUGUGAAGGGCCUUCGACAUGUUGCACAGACCCCGAAGUGCUAGUCAUCAUGAUGAUGCUUUGUUUAUACGAGAUCAUUGAUAAGUGUGAUCAACAUUGGACAAUACAUCUCAAAGGGGCCAAAGAUCUCAUUCGACUGCGGAGACAGCAGGCUGGCACCACCUCCCACACUUCAGGCGCACCAGACCCUGUCACCACAUUUGCAGAACAUUUCUUCGCCUUUCAGGACGUUAUGGGUCGAACUGCUUGUGGAGAAGAGGUUCUUUUUGGCAGCGACUACUGGAAGACUGAUAACCGAACAAUUGAUCUUUGGAUGGGAUGUAGCCCCGAAUUGGUCUCCAUUUUGUCAACUAUCACCGAAAUGAGCCGCGCCAGACGGCAGCUUGAUUCCGAUGGUGCCAAGUCUUCUUUCUCUCUCCGGGCUGCAUCACUCGAGCACCAACUUGAACAUCUCAUCCAAGAGGUUGGGGACGAAGAUGAUGAAAUGCUAUCUUCUGCUGCAGAAGCUAAACGACUAGCAGCUGUUCUCUACCUAAACUGCACUCUUCAUGGGGCUUGUCCGACCACCCCGUUAGUAGUUGAUUAUGUACAACAAAUUCUACAUCUGGUGUCAGAACUACUUGACCGUGGAUCUGUGGCCAGUGUGACGUGGCCAGUCUUUGUCGCGGCCGUGGAAUUGGACCCCUCUCGAGACGAACUCUGGUCAGACGGCGAUGGAAACCCGGUUUCAGGCCGGUCGACAGUACUCAGAGCGCUUUCUGCAAUGGCUGAAUCGACAAUAUCCAAUAUCGCUCGAACUCGAGCAGUGGUUGUUCAGGUAUGGCAAGCACGCGACAACGACAUGCUCAAAGCGCGGCAAAUGGAAUGCAAUGAUUGGGAGUGCUAUGUGUCGCCAAUCAGCACCUCCAUGAGCUUGGCUUGA